AUGAAGUUCAUCUCUUUCACCUCUGCCAUCGCCUUGGCAUUGACCGCAGCCGCUACAGCUGAGGCUGCUCUGUCCGUUGGAUGCAAUACCUACCUAAACAUCCUUGCAGCCCCCAGUCACCCUCUUGCUAAAUGCAGGGUUUACACUGCGCUGGGAUUCCCCGCCAUUACUGGGGCUCACGACCACGACACCACCAAGCUGGAAAAGAUCUUGACAACAUACUGCGCGACCCCGGCAUGCACAGCAGACCAAUAUGCCGGAGUCUACAAAGACCUCCAGACAAACUGUGGUACUGACAUGGUUCCAGAGAACCAAGAGACACUCGGAACUGUACUGUACAUGUGGUACUUGUCACCAGCACAGAGGGAGGCCGUAUGCUACCAGGAUACGACCAAGAACACCCAUUGUGUUAUCACGUCCAUGAACGAGAUGAUUGAGCGCGGUCAAUUGCCCGAUGCCAACGUCAACGAGGACGACCUCUACGGAUACCUACAAUAUGUGACCCCGCUGGCCAACCCCACCAACAUCACCGCCACUGCGCUCUGUACCUCCUGCAACCAGCAGGUCGCAAACAUCUUUGCCAACUACUACAACAAAAAUCCUGCUCCCUUCUCGCUCCAGUUCACCCAGAACCUCACCAGUUCAUACCUUAACACUGUUCUGUCAGAUCAGUACAGAGGCCAGUGCGGUGUGACAACACUGGGUACACCUACUGCUACUGGAAACAAUACCCCGGGAGCAUUCCAGCCCACCAAUGUGACUGAGGCUGCCAGUGUCAGGCCUCCAGGUCUGGACAAUGGUGGUACUGUUGUGAGACAGUCUGUUGAUAUGGGCAGUUUUGUUGGAGCAUUGACUCUUGUAGCGAGUGUCUUUGCUUUGCUUUGA